GGGAAUAACUUUAAAUUUCCACAUGAAAUUGUUAUCAGUUGAAUAAAGCGAACCUUAAUAAAACGAAUGUUAGACAAAGAACUAACUAUCUGGGGGAGAACCAUUAUUAAACAAAAAUGAUUAUUAAGUGAAGAAGGUACUAAACAUUAAUGGAGUGUAAUCUCUUGAUACAUCAAAUGAGGGAUGCCUUGAUUUAACCUGGUUAAUUGAGGCAAUCAAAAGAUAAACCGCCUUAGAAUAAGUCUCAAAAGCGAAGAAAAUAAAAAAGUUCUAACUGAAAUUAAAAAGAAAAUAAAAGUCCAAAUAAAUGAGAUUGCUUAAAAAAAUAGCCUUCUAUGACAUUGCCUAAAUACUAUUAAAUAUAUGAUUAAUUGUUUAUGCUUGUUAUUCAUAUUUUAAUAAUAUAUUUUA